AUGGAAUUUAACUAUGCAGAAACAACUGGUGCUCAGUCAUUCAUAUCCACAACUGAUGAUGCAGAGAGACCUGCUGCUCCUACAGCUCAGCCUUUCCGAUUUACGUACUGGGAGAGUACUGAACCUCCAGCAUUGACGAUCAUCAUCAAUGAUAACGGAUUGCUUGGGUUACUUCAGGUUGUGGUUAGCAUAGCAGAGGCGGGGAGCCCCAUCAAGCGCUUUGCAUUCUAUGAUUCCUUUCUCAAACAUGUUCGCUUUUUGGUGAUGUUUGCGGUGUUCCUUCUUGGCCGGUAUGUUAGCCAUAUACCGUUGUAUCUGGUGUUCUUCUGCAUCUCUAUAAUUAGCCUGUUGUUUCUCUACAUCUACAUCCACUAUGUGCCGUUUCUCAUUUUAGAAGACGACAUCAUGUGGAUUCGAAGAGAGUUGAGGUUACUGAAUGCUAUUUUAGAUGAUGCAGCAAAAGUGGCGGGUUUAAGGGAUCAGAUAGAUACCAGAACAAUAGAAAUCCUGGAUCGAAGGAUUUACCGUGAUGAAGACACUUACUCUGGUGAAGCAACUAUACAAGGGUUAAAAGAUGUUGAGGCAAAAUGGGUGGCCAAAACCAGAUCCGUAGUUAAAAGAGCAAAUGCUUUAGUGGCAGCCUUUGAGAAACAGAGGAGAAGAGACUCCCCCAUGAUCCACAGAAUAUGUUUCGGCACAAUCAGUGAGAAGGUGAAGCAGGUAGAAUGGCUUAUAACUGAAACUAAGCAACUUAAGGAGGAAAUAAAUGAGCGCAUUAAAAUGAAGGUGGAUCGUGGGAUUAACAUAUGUGAAUCGCUGGAGGGGUCGAUAUCUAAAAUGAGAAGCCUUGUAGACAGACCCAGCCCCAUUUAUGAAAGCAGUCGUCAACAAAAAUGGGUAGAGUCUGAAAGGCGAGUUGAAGCAUCAGCUCGUUUGACUUUCUCCAUUGCACAGAAGAUCAAUAAUCUUAUGACUCAAGAACCAGAUGAGCAAACACAUUCAAUAUAUCUGCGGUUGAUGUUACUGUAUCCCUUUCUGAAAGAUAUAGAAGAAUUUUGUUUCGAAAGUGAAAUUGAAGAGGCUUGGGUGGAGGAAAUGGAAGAGGUCAUUAAGCAAGCACAACCUGCCAUUGAGAGCUUCUUACUGCAGAGACCAGAGCACCAAUUUAAGUGGCUAUCGAUUAUCGACAACUGGAAGGCACGGAGAAAGCUCAAGGAGGACAUAAGAUGCAUUGACAGUCCGUUCACAGAACUUUUGGAGAGGAAGGAGAGAUAUGGCUUGAGAUUUAUGAGAAGAGGUUCAUCAAAGUUUGUCAAUGAAUCCCGAGAUGGCAUUAUUUCACCAGUACCUCGCAUGAUUCACAGCUACCUCAGGGCGAAGCCAGAUAUAUCUCGUGAGGUACAUGGUAAAUUGGGAUUACUAUGCACUCAUUUGCACGAUAUGAAUAAACUUGUAGAUGACGCAGAAAUGAUUGAAAGAAGAUAUAUUUCCAGAAUGGCUUGGUUGGAAUUGGAACAAGUGAGUAAUAUUGUUAAACGUGCAGAGAACUCCGUGCAAACAUUCAUGAAAAGUUCAAAGAACGUAAGGAUAAAGCAGAUUCAAUUCAGAACAAACGCUGAGACAAUGCUUUGGCGGGAAAUUGGCCAAAUGGAGAAUACUGUCAAUCUUGUUACAAGGACCAUAAAAGCGUGCAACAUUAAGUUUACGAAAGAGUCAAACUCAGUGGUCGGUUUGGAAGAAGAUGUACAUGAACUGGUGUCACGACUGACAACCAACAACGAACAUCACCGUUUUAUUUCCAUUUUCGGCAUUGAAGGCAUAGGUAAGACAACAUUGGCAAAGGAAAUCUAUAACCAUGCAGAUGUUGCAACACACUUUCCUCAACGUGUAUGGAUCUCUCUACCUGGCGAGUCCAUUGAAUCCUGGGUCCAAAAGGUACGUGAUAAUGAGAGGUAUCUUAUAAUUCUAGACAACAUCUCGACAAAAGAAGAGUUGGAAGCAGCUCGGGAGGUAGAAUCUCAAGUAGCAUCACCAAGUGGAAGCAGAAUUCUGCUCACUAUAAGAGACAGAAAUUUGGUUCCCGAAAUUAGCAGUCCUCCCCACCACCUUCCUCUACGAACCAAAGAAGAGAGCUGGAAGUUACUUAACCAGAUGGUGCACUUUCGUCCAAAAGAGGAAGUGAAAGCAAAGGAAAUUUUAGGCAAGUGUGGGGGUUUCCCACUCGCCAUUGUACGCCUUGGAUAUCUAAUAUAUUGGAAUGCUGUGAAUGAUGUUGAGGAGUUGGAAAGGAUGAUCAAGCAGAAAGAGAAACCAAUGUUAGAAACUUACCCUACUACCAUAGAGUCCAUAAAAGGGAGCCUUCCCGAAUCUGAUCUUCAUAUGUUUAAGUGCCUAUCUUACUUGAAACUCUUCCCAAUGGAGAUCGAAAUUCCUGCAAGGAGAUUAAUCGCUUUGUGGAUUGCAGAAGGGUUGGUAAAAGUGGAAAAGAAGACAGAAUCCCCUGAAUCUGAAGAUGUUGCAAAUGUGUAUCCAGAAUCUGAAGAUGUUGCAAAUGAGUAUCUAACGGAGUUGAUUAAUCGGGACAUGAUUCAAGUAGUCAAAAGAAAGCUUAAUGGUACAGUCAAGACAUGCUGCUUACCCUAUAGUCUACGAGAACUCGAGUUGUACAAGAGUUCAGGGUGGAUUGUUAAUUUUAAAAGAAAUAAUCCAAGUACCACUUCUAUUCCUGGUAAAAGCUCUCGAAACGAUUAUCGAGGUUUGCCCUCCAUUCUAACCUUUGAUACUCGAGAAGAAGAAGUGGGUAACUUUCUUAGAAAGAGCAUUGCAGACGGUUGCUUCCGAAGGCUACAGGUUCUUGAUCUUGAACGUCUGUUUAGACCUAAAUUGCCAGACAAGUUAGUAAAAUUACGUCAGUUGAGGUAUCUAGGCUUGAGGUGGACUUGCCUUGGAUCAAUCCCAUCAUCCAUUGGUAAAUUGGUGAAACUCCAAACCUUAGAUAUGAAGCAUACAUCUGUCCGAACUCUCCCUAGGUCAAUAUGGAAACUGCAAGAACUUCGAAACCUAUACUUAAACCAGAAUUGUCGAAGUAGACUUGAGCAUCAUCAAGGUGUUAAUUCCUUGCAGAAUCUCCGGACAUUAUGGGGUUUAUUUGUGGAUAAGGAUAGUCCGUUGAAAGAUGGGCUGGACAAGGUGACCAACCUCAGAAAAUUGGGAUUGGCAUUCCAGUUAGGGCAGGAAGAGCAAAAGGCAUUAGCAAACUGGAUUAAAAAGCUGAAGUACCUUAAGUCUUUAAGAAUAAGAUCAAUUGGGAAAACGGGAGAACCCUGUGAUCUGAUGUGCAUGCCUUUGAAGGACCUCAACCAUCUCUCCAGCCUAAAUUUGUUUGGGAAGCUAACUUCUUCCACCAUAGCUGAAUGUGAAUUCCUCAGAAACCUCACUGACCUUACUUUGUCAGCCUCUUCUCUUAAAGAUGAUCCAAUGCACAAAUUAGGGAGGCUCCCCAACCUUAAAUUACUAUGUUUUUACUCUGAUUCUUAUAUAGGUGAAAAGAUGCAUUGCCUCGCAGAUGGCUUUCCUCAGCUUUUAGUUUUAAGGUUGUGGAAUCUGGUGAAUCUAGUAGUUUGGGAUGUAGAGGAGAAGGCAAUGCAAAAGCUCAGGGAGUUGGAGAUAAGAUCCUGCAAAAAUUUGGAGAUCCUAACAGGGUUGGAACACUUGAAGACUCUCCUUGAAUUGAAGUUGACUGAUAUGCCACAAGCCUUAGCUGAAAAGUUUGCCAAAAAUAAGAGGCAACUUUGGGAUGACGUUCUCCACUCCCCAACAAUCAUUGCAGCUAACUGA